GCAGCCGACAUGACAUGCAUGGAUUCCGAAGAAAGUCCACACCGGCGCAUUCCUAUUCCAACAUGUGAGGUGAACCGGGGGCUUCUACCUGUCAAAGGCUUCUACUUUUUCUUCCAUUCAGCCAGCUCGUGCCUGUGGCCGUACAUCCCCGUGUACAUCAGACAUCUCGGCGUCCCUGCCUACCAGGCCGGCCUCAUCAGCGGGGCGCAGCCGUUCGCGGGCUUCCUCUUCAAACCCGUCCUGGGGUUUGUAGCAGACAGGCUCGGCAAACACAAGGAAGUUCUGCUCGCGUCUAUUUUCCUCUGCUUGACAUUUCUUUUCUGCUCCUACUUUGUUCCCCCAGUGCAGACGUCAACUAUACUACUGUCAAAUGAUGAGUACAACUGCACCCCUUACAGUAUUGAAACUACAGGCUUGCUUUCGACACUCACUAAUUCCUGUAUAUCAGGACAAAACAUGUCAGGUACCUUCGAUGUACCGUCAUGCAAUUCUAGUAUAAACGGAGCAAAUCAUUUAACCGCAGAUGAAGUCAAAGAACAGAUUUCUUGUCUAAGUGUCGUAGAACUGCCCAUAAAUUUGACUAGUCUGUACAUGUGUUGUCAUGGAAACGAAACCGCUACAGACUGUCCUGUCUGUCAAUGUACCGAGGAAACAUGUGAAGGCGACAGUGAGAUAGCCGUUGGAGGCUGGACUUUGACGUUCUGGUUUCUUUUCUUGCUGCUUGUUCCUGGUCUCUCUCUACACGCGUCAGUGCUAACCCAGUCUGAUGCCUACACGAUGCACUCGCUGGGUGAGGAGAAGACAGAAGGGUAUGGGCGACAGCGACUAUGGGGCUCCGUGGGCUGGGGGAUAUUUGCAACUGUUUCUGGUUUUUCUACUGACAUUCUAGGAGACGAAAGCGGUCAGUCUAACUAUGACUUCGCGUUCUACAGCUUUGCGGCGUUUGGCGCGGUGACCCUGUUGUUGGUCGGCUUCACCUUUAAAAGAUGGGACCAAUCCGAGCCAGAAAAUAUGGCACGUCACAUAAGGAAACUGAUCUGUAAAAAUAAUGUGAUUGUCUUUUUAUCGGUUUUGUUCGUUUUGGGGUCUUCGUUUGGCGUCUUGGAAACUUUCGCUUUCUGGUAUCUAAAAGACCUCGGAGGAAGCCAACUUCUGUUAGGUCUAUGUUUGACUGUUAAUUGUAUCGCAGAAGUGCCGUUUUUCUUCUUUUCGGGUAGACUUAUUGAGAAGAUCAGUCACAGAGGUGUUUUCUCAGUCUCUCUGUUCUGCUUUGCUCUGCGCUUCCUCUUCCUGUCGCUGCUGGUGAACCCGUGGUGGGCCAUCCCGGUGGAGGUUCUGCACGGCACCACGUACGGCGCCAUGUUUGCCGCCUCCACCACCUACGCCAGUCAGAUCGCCCCGCCGGGAAUGGAGGCCACGAUGCAGGGGGUCAUGGGGGCCGUCUUCAUGGGUGUGGGCUGGGCGUCUGGCUCUCUGAUAGGGGGCGCUCUUUUCGAGCAGUACGGAGGAGUGGUGCUGUUCCGUGUCUACGCAGGCGUGUGUCUCUUCACCUGUGUGGUGUACACUGGGGUGUCAAGGUUCAUUAAAGAAGACCAUCCCACGGACGACAAAGAGCUGGUUGAAGAUGCAGCACGUAAUCGAGGAGUGGAGAACCCUGCAGUUGACGUCGAUAGUACGCACGGAAGGUGUGACGUAGAGAGAGUGACGUCAGUGUAACGCGGAUGACAUCGUCACUGACAUCAUGUUCACAUCAGUUUGCGUCAUGCUACUUUAUCAGAAGCAAAGCUGACACAAAUCGCUUUGAAGCACAAACCCUCAUGGCCGUUCCCUUUUUGACAAAGCCUGCCCCGACGACAAAAGCAUUUAAAGAUAGGAUUCUGUAAUAACAUGCACGUGGAUUGAUAAGAUAAUGUGCACAAAUAUGGACGUAAGUUUCAUUCUUAAAAAAAGGGUACACCUGAUGAAACGUGUUCGCAUCCCUUCUAACAUCCAAUGUGGCUUCCACACAAGCUGUGUGCUUUGUUCGUCUAUGGCUAUGGUUUAAUCUAUAUGUUAUGCGUAUACACUAAAUGGGGUUGUUAACUCAUUGCGAUGGAUUUACAUUACAAAAAUCUAUUACCUUCUAUAAAACCAAAGACCAAACCUAUGAAAUACACGAAUUGCUAGCAUUGAUUGUGAUCUUAUGAUACAGAACAGAAAUUAAUAAAUAAAACCAAAAAGGAAACACAGAGGGUGUUGCAGCCAUACGAAUUAUUGUAAUGAAAAGACAGUGUGGUCACGCUAGGAAUUAACAUCAACAUCCUGUAAGUCCCUCCAACUUGUUACAUACAUGUACAUGACGUUCAAAGAUGAUACUUGGUACAAUUGCACAUUUACAUGCCUGCGAUGCAGACUUAUACAGAUGUUUGUGUCAGAUUAAAGCCUUUUAGACAUGCUAGUAGCCGCUGACAUCAAAUCAAUUAAAUUCUUGGCAAAAAAACUUUCUUAUCCAGGAUGUAUACUAAACGCGUGUUUCACAAACUACUAGUAUACGUGCAAAAACAUUUCAGCCCUAGGCCUACGUAUACAUUGGAUAAGAGUAAUGAUUAGGAUAAAUGUGAAAUAGCGUUAAAACACACGUGGAAAUGUAUAACUCUAUAUUACUAGUAUUAUGUUCAUGAUAAAAAUGAAUCAAAUAUUUUUUCCACGUAUGACUAAAGAUCAGUGUCCAUGCUCCCCAUUUUGUCGAAGUGUCUGGGAGUAGAUUGCAUACAAACGUUAACAUGUCUAUAAACAUGUUUCAUUUGAUUAACAAAUGAAAAGCACGCACCAGAAAAUUACAUUCUACAUGACGUGAAUGGUACCUUUCAUUAUGUUUGACAUGAAUGCUCUUUAUGGUUCUCUAUUAUAUUGUAGACUCUGUAGCUUCAGAUCUGUUCGUCAUGUAUCAUUGAAGAAUCUCCGUGUUCUGAUUUUGGUAAAUUUGAAGAAAAUUACUAUGUACAAAGACGU